CGACUCUGCCAGUAUGACACGAAGACUGGUUGCGUAGGAUAACAGCUUCAUUUUACGAGUUCUUUUUUCUGCGGCGGUGUUUUGGACAUUUUAUGCGGGUUACCGGAGGAAACAAAAUGGUGGCGUCUAAAGUAAGGUGUAAUCUCUUGUUCCUAGGGAUCCUGGUGAUGGUUCAGCUUGAGUUGGCCUUGGCACUUGAGUACUUCACGAGUAGGUGCGGUCAAACAAUCGACAUCAGCACUGACCAUAGUGAGCAACUGGAUUCACAAGUUUCGCUAUCAUACGACCCGAAUGUAGACUGCACUGUUACCAUAGAAACAUCACUCCUAAAUAAAGUUCUCGUUACCUUCGAGCGAGUGGAUAUUGGGUGGUCAUCAACAUGCGACGCGGACUACCUGGAAAUCUACGAUGGCCCGAAUCUCUUUGUGAACAAGUUGGCGACUAUCUGCGGAUCGUCCACACCGUCAGCAAUUGCUUCAACGGUGAACUCGAUUACCCUUACCUUCCGGACUGACAGUAUCUUUGUAGAUCGUGGCUUUUAUAUUAUAGUCACGUCCUUCUCAACAGGUUUCUGCUCGUUUGAUGAGUUUCAAUGCGACAACGGACGAUGUAUUGACGAGAGUCUCAAGGACAACCUCAGAGACAACUGUGGUGACUCAAGUGAUGAGACCUUGGAUGACCUUGUUGAUGGCAUUAUUGGCUGGGGCAUUGGGAUAAUAGUCGGUGUAAUUGUCGGAUGUCUCGUCGGGGGAAUCCUCAUAUGUGUUUGUUGCGGUUGCUUGUGUUAUCAUCUCUGUUGCAAGAGCAAGCCAAGCAGUAGUACAACAACGGUUGUAGUACCAACUGGCCAUCAACAACAACCUUACGGUCAGCAACCUGGGGCGCCACCACCGGGGGCUUACAACCAACAACCUGGGGCGCCACCACCGGGGGCUUACAACCAACAACCUGGAGCGCCACCACCGGCUUAUAACCAACCGCCAAUGGCUAUGCAACAGAUCCCCGGGCAGUACGGUCAAAAGCAAGAGCCAUACAACGUUGCUACUUAGACCACGGUAGACCGCAUGUUAAAUUCACACGCUGACGUACAUAAUCUACUCUAUGGAAAUAUUAAAAUUAUUUCUGAAUUAAAAAGCUAUUUGGAAAUUUUAGCAAUGUCUGUUGCAACGAAUUCAUACGUGGUUACAUGAAAUGUAAACAAAACUCAAACAGGUUUUUAAACAAUCUUUUUUUAAAGUUUGUUUUUAAUAGUCGUUCAAGUUAACACAAUCCUUGGCUCGAUUUCAUAAGAUCUGUGAAUGUUAACUGCGAAUAAACCUUAAUUGCACAAUACGAAUAGUCUUUGGCAACACUGACGACUCAUCUUAAGAAAUUGUGCUUUGUGAAAUUGUCCUAUGUACGACUCGUUCAGUCUUUCUUGAAAAUGAAUGCUUCGUCGCAUCAGAAUCCAACUGUCAAAAGAGAAAUUUAACUCAAACGGUGUAAAAUUCAAUGGUCAAUAAGAUCAUUCCAUUUAAAGAUUGCUCAAUACUCGUAAUGGCCACGUGUGCUGACCACUGGAGGGACACCAACUAGAACAGGAACGACACCAUGAAUAAUCAGUAAUAUUAAAUGUGUGGAAGAAAUUCAACUAAAGCAUGGUGAACAUUGGGCCUGGAAUUCGUUUUUUUUUUACGAAGUAACUAUAAAAAACUAACCUGAAUGAGAAGAACGCAUCACGUGUUCACAAACACUACAUUAUAGACAGUGGACAAUAUUGGUAAUUACUGAAAGUGAUUGUUAGCAUAAAACCUUACUUGGUAAAAAGCA